AUGUAUUGGGUUUCCCAAAAUCCUCCACCUGCACAUCUCUUUCUGAUAUCUGGUGAUAGAGACUUUGCUGGCAUAUUGCACCGGUUAAGAAUGAAUAACUAUAAUAUCUUGCUUGCAAGUCCUGGAAAGGCUCCUGAUGUUCUCCUCAGUGCAGCAACUAUAAUGUGGCAGUGGUCAUCUUUGCUCAAGGGAGAAGAUCUAACUGGAAAACAUUUCAACCACCCUCCCGAUGGUCAGUUUGGUUCUUGGUAUGGAAACUCUAAAGUGUCUCUUGAAAACCCCUUUUCCGCUGCUGAGCAGUCAACAUCUUCACAAAAUAUACAAGUCACGAAAUUCAAUGAACCCUCCUUUGACUUAAAGGUAGGUGGAGGAGUUCCAAAGUCAGUUAAAAGGCGGAUUAAGGCUAUAUUGAGUUUACAUCCAAAAGGCAUUGGCAUUUCAGAACUUCGUGCAGAGCUAACAAAAUCUGAUGUGUCUUUGGGUAAAAGCAUAUUUGGAUAUAAAAGGUUUUCUCGCUUUCUAUCAUCACUACCAAAUGUACAACUCCGGCAUUUAAGAGAUGGUAAUUAUUGUGUGUAUUUGAUCCCCUCAGGAUACCAUGAACCUUCUGAAAGCAGCAGUACUUUAUCAACAGUAUCUUCUGUUAAGAAUGAGGAGAUGGGCUGUACAACAACUCCAAAGCUAUACAGUGAAGAUAAAGACAUAAAUAGAGACUUGCAUAAGACUCUCCCAAUGUCUUCAUUGGAUGAAAAGAUCAUUGGGGAUGAUUCAAAAUCAUUCCAAUCUACCCCUUUACAAGGAAUACAUAUCGAGGAAGACGGGUCGCGUAAAUCACUCCAAUCUAUCCCUUCACAAGGAAAGCCUAUUGAAGAAGAUGUGUCACGUAAAUCAUCUAUAGGCAGUGAGAAGGUUCUGGAUGUGUCUAAUGCACAAUUGUCAGAGAGUCAUCUUUCAUCAAAGGAAAAUGAUGUUUACAAAACUGAUAUUGGUUCCUUUAAAUCUAUAAAGUUUUCUGAUGAUGAAGUUGUUAGGUCUGAGGAUGUAAGUCCAAAAGUUCUUGAAAAAUAUACCAGUUCAGGGAAUCCCUCUACUGGUAUUGAUCACACAAUGAUGGAAAACAAUGUAGUAAAUUGUGAAUCUGGAAAAUCUAUAGCAAAGAACAAACACGAUAAUCAACCUAGAAAGGAGGUCGAUGAUUACAGCCCAUAUUCUUCAGCCAUUGGUGACUCUCUGGUUGACAAAAGACCCGAUGUUCAUGCUGAAACUUACAGCAAAAGGUCAACAUUCUUUAAUUGGAUUAAAAGUUGGUUGCCAUUUCAGAAAAGCAAUGUAAAAGCUGAUGAUUCUACUGCUAAUCAGAACAAGGUGACUAGUAAUUUUGAGGAUUCUAAUUUAUCCGAACUAGACCAGACUGCUAGUAAUCUUGAAGAACCUAAGCCAUUAGAACAACAGCAGUAUGUUAGUAAUUCUGGAAAGCAUGAGGAUUCCAAGUUACCUGAACUAGACCAGACUGCUAGUAUUCUUGAAAAGGCUAAGCCAUUAGAACCACACCAGGAUGUCAGUCAUUCUGGAAAGCCUGAGUUAUUUUCUAGUGGUUCCUUUUGGAAUGACAUGGAAUCUUUUGUUUUCACCCCCAAAGGAUCACUUCUUAUUUCCCAGUCUAGAAGCAGGGAGGAUUUGGCUCAUAAACUACAAAAACAUGGACCCGUGGUUCUUAAAUCUUUUGCUGAAAACGAUAUCUUUCAAUUGGUGGAACUGUUGAUAGCAGAAAAAAAAUGGUUGGAGGAGAGCCCCUCUCAUACAUUUCCUUUUAGGCUAACUCAAUCAGUUCUGAAGAGCAUGCCGAUGGGCCAGUCUAAUGGUACAAGUGGUUUGAGAUCUCUGUUUCUUAGUAGAACAUCGCAGUCCAACUCGCAAAAGUCAUUUGAACAUGAAGGGGAGAAACACUCUCAGAGUACUCAGCAAACAGAAGUUUCCAAACCUGCCACUGAAACAAAAUAUACUGAGAAGUCUAGAAAUGAUAUAUUACAAGAUUGUCAGAAACUGGUAACUGAUGUAUUGAAGGAACACCCAGAGGGAUAUAACUUAAGUUGUUUUCGAAAACAAUUUACUGAUAGAUAUGGCUAUGACCUUGACAUCAAAAAGCUUGGUUAUCAGAAGCUGUCAUACCUGAUACAGAUAAUGUCCGGGGUUAAGUUUGAAUCCCCUUACAUUUACCCUUCUACACCUGCUGUUUGUGCUUCUGACUCGGACACUUCUAUCCUCAAAACUCGAGCAACCAAUGCUAGUCAUGAAAAAUUCAACUCAUAUAAUGAGUUAUCUGAUACAGCCCCAAAAGAGUAUAACACGGAAUCUCCUUGGGAGGAAUUAGGUCCUAUUUCUCUUAAAAGUUCUAGUCAGAAUGAUCAGGAAUCAAAUUUAACUCAAGAAGUCAUCGGACUGAAUACACCAAAGUAUCCUGAUUACGAACCCAUUGUCUCAGAUUAUGAUUUGUCUGAAUCUGAAGGAGAAAACUCUUGUUCAACUCAAUCAGAAGAUCAAGUAAAGCCAAAAUAUGAUGAGCAAGACAGUUCUUUUUGGCAAGCUCUGGAUUCCUGGCAUAGCAGCAAGGAAGAAGAGAGUAGUGUCAAGAAAUCCGAAAACAUUGAUGUCUUAGGCAAUUCUCUGCUUGACAUCUUAAAUUCAGCCCCAGACUCGAAACAGGGUAUCGACGGUAUUGUUUCCAACAAAGAAAAGCAAAGAUCUCAUAAGUAUUCAUUUGUUGUUGACCCAGCCUCACCUGACAAAGACAAGUUUAUUGGUGGGAUAUUAGAUAGUUUGAAAAAAGAGGAUGAGCCCAAGAUGCAUCAUAACUGA